AAAGUGGUCGAUCAAAGAUCAUGGUUUGGGUUGCCAUUGCUGAGGUUCAUGAGUGAAGUGGAUAAUGCCAUUCUAAUGGAGGACAACGCUCCUAUCCACACAAUUCUAAAGAACCGCCUUAAUAAACGGCCAAGGAGACCAACAAGCAAGGAAGAAAUGAUAGCAGCUUUCCAAGAAGAAUGGGAUAAAUUGACGCCAGAUGUGAUUAAGAGGAUCAUCAACACGAUGCCAAAAAGGAUUGACGCAGUGUUAGCAGCGAAGGGAGGUUCAACCAAAUAUUAAAAUAUAUAUAAAAAUACAUAUCAAAAUUAAGUUUUUUCAAGACCCAUUGAAUUAGAAUAGAAUACUCCAAUACAUUUUGUCCUGGUACUGUUCAAC